UUAACUCGGUUCUACGGUUAUUUCCUGUCAGCAGUAGCAGUCAGACAGGAUUGAUUUUGGAAAAUGCGGACGCAGAUGUGAGGCUUUUCAUAAUCUUAUUUUGCUCCUCCAUGACUUGGCUCUUUUAUCAAAAAAACACUAACCUGAAUACCAAUGCGUAUGGCACUAUAGAGACAGAAGAAGCAGCAAAAGAGAGUAUUCAAGGAACAAGUCACAAAGGAAGAGAAGAGGCCCAUUAAUCUGGACUCGAGGCUGAGCAGGUCAAAAUGAGCCUAUACACUGCGAGCGGAGGUUGUGAGCACUCAAGGGAUCGCCGGCGCUCCAGUGACCGUUCACGUGACUCCUCUCAUGAGCGAGGCGAAGGCCAGCUCACCCCCUGUAUCCGCAAUGUCACCUCACCAACACGACAACAAACUAGUGACCGGGAAGGUGGCUCAUCACGGCCUAACAGCCCUAGGCCUCAAAGAGUCUCUCCCAGUGGCUCCAGUAGUCGCAACAGCAGUUUGUCCAGCACGGAGGGCACCUUUAAGAGCAUGGGCACGGGUGAAAUGGUGUUUAUUUACGAAAAUGCCAAGGAAGGCGCACGUAGCAUGCGCACCUCAGAGAGGGUCACACUUAUUGUGGACAACACGCGCUUUGUGGUGGAUCCCUCAAUCUUUACCGCACAACCGAAUACCAUGCUGGGCAGAAUGUUUGGUUCGGGGCGAGAACACAAUUUCACACGGCCCAAUGAGAAGGGGGAAUACGAGGUGGCAGAGGGCAUCAGUUCCACAGUGUUCAGAGCCAUUCUGGAUUACUACAAAACCGGGAUAAUCCGCUGUCCGGAUGGAAUCUCCAUUCCUGAGCUGAGAGAAGCAUGUGACUAUUUGUGCAUCUCUUUUGACUAUAGCACGAUCAAAUGCAGGGACCUAAGUGCUCUGAUGCAUGAGUUAUCAAAUGACGGUGCACGGCAGCAGUUUGAGUUCUACCUUGAAGAGAUGGUGCUGCCGCUGAUGGUGGCCAGUGCUCAAAGCGGAGAGAGGGAGUGUCACAUCGUUGUUCUUACAGAUGAUGAUGUGGUUGACUGGGAUGAAGAGUAUCCACCUCAGAUGGGAGAGGAGUAUUCACAGAUAAUAUACAGUACAAAACUCUACCGUUUCUUUAAGUACAUUGAAAACCGAGAUGUGGCCAAAUCUGUUUUAAAAGAACGAGGACUAAAGAAAAUUAGACUAGGCAUUGAAGGAUAUCCCACUUACAAAGAAAAAGUGAAGAAGCGGCCUGGUGGCAGGCCUGAAGUCAUUUACAACUACGUGCAAAGGCCCUUCAUCCGCAUGUCCUGGGAGAAGGAGGAGGGUAAGAGCCGGCACGUGGACUUCCAAUGUGUGAAGAGCAAAUCCAUCACAAACCUGGCAGCUGCAGCAGCCGACAUUCCACAGGACCAAUUGGUGGUGCUGCAUCCUGGCCCUCAGGUGGACGAGCUGGACAUUCUGCCCAAUCACCCUGCUCCAGGACAACACUACAGCAACAACUAUGAGCCUGACGCCGAUGCUGCCUCGCCUGCACUCUGAAUGCACACCUCUUCCUCCCCUCUGUUCUUCCUUUCCUCUCCUAUAGCAUGCUGCAGCAUGGCGCGAGAGUGACACCGUUAACCAGAUUGCCUUCUUUCACCUACUUUCGCAGCCUUAGAGCCUCAACAAGCUAGUCUACUGUAUUAUGAAAAUGUAAAAAAAAAAAAAAAAAGAGGGGACUCGAUACUGGCAUGGGCAGUGCUCUCCUGUUUUCUUUCUUUUUUUCUUACUUGACCAAAGGGGCGUUUUUUUUUUUUUUUGUUUUGAAAAGAAAAAAGCAACCUCACCUAUUUUAUAAUUGGGCUCAUUAUUAUUAUUAUUAUUAUUAUUACUUUUCCAUUUUCAUGAUAUUAUUAUUGCAUUGAUUUAUUAUAAUUUUUGGUCUUAUUUGUUUAAGGUUUUUUAAUUUUAAUUUUAUAUGUAUCCUGGGUGGUGUCACUGUGUAACUAUCAUUAAAGUUUUUUUUUUUUUCUUUUUUUCCCAACUCAAAAAAAGCUCUUGUCAAUCCCAGGUUGAUGAUUCCCCUCAAAAGCUCCUUUGUAGCUAAAGAAGUUGUUUGCCUGUUGAAUGGAUGCAGUGUUACAUUUAUGUGGUCAGAGUCCCACUGUUCAGAGCUUAAGUCAUUGCAUAAAUAAAGUUAUAACACACAGGCUUGUGUGGUAAACCUGA